GUCCACUCUAGCAGAUAUUAUCAUCUCCAUCUUUCAGAUGAGAAAAUGGAUAUUCAGAGGGGCUAAAUGACCUACCCAAAGUAGGUCUUCCAGUUACAGAUACAGCUCUAUGCUGCCCUAAAGGAAAAGGGAAACAGCAAUGGGUAAGAAAAGAGAGAUGGUUCUAGAGAGAAGAGGUACUCCCAUACAGGGAUUCAUAAAGGCAUAGAGCACCUAGAGAUUUGCUGCCUCCAUUACGCUGCUGGGUCUCACAGCACUUGUUAUGAUUUUAAGUUUCUCUCCAGAAGAGAUUGGAAACCCAAGUGCCUACAGAGGCCAGUCUGGUGGGAAUGAAGCAGGAAGCCACAGCAGUGACCUGGAGAGCCAACUUCUUUCUAAAGGAGCAGCCGCUGCUCUGGUCCAGAUAAUUGUUGCAAGGCAGGAACGUUAACCUAGUGAUGCCGCUUUGUCCAGUUUAUCAGGCUACAUUGUUGGAAUUUUGAAGACAUGAAAACAUCAGAUGAACCAACCUGCAGCAUCUUGGAUUCAGAUUGGAAGAUGAAGAGAAAGUUUAAAGAAUGUGGCCUAUAAAGGCGGGUAGUCCCUAGAAAUAUUAACGGACUCACAUUGUAAAAAUGAGACCGGUUUCUAAACAGUAGAGAUUAUUUUAGUCCAACGUCAAGGUUCAAGACAAAAUGUCGAACUAAAAACUUUAUCCUCCUCCCCUCUCCCCUUCAGACAGGUGACCAGCAUUGGUGAAUAUGAUUUUCCUUAGCCAGAAGCACUCCGCUUUACCCAUGUAGACCAUCCUUAGGAACACAAAUAUUGGUUAUUUAAUGUAGAUUAUAAUGGGAGACUGAUUUUUUCCACAAUGGCAGAUUUCAAGGACUUGGUUCCAAACUGAGCCGGAGCAUGCCCAUGCGUUUUGUACAGUCUGGGAACAACUAUGCUGCACUGGCCGUUUUUGAAGGCCACCAUGCCCUGUAAUAUAAGGACAUCGUCUGCUUGCUGAUAUCUUUGGAGAGUCCCAAGCAGACACAGAAAAUGAAUGGAGGCAAGGAGUGUGACGGAGGCGACAAGGACGGAGGUCUUCCAGCUAUUCAAGUUCCUGUGGGUUGGCAGCGCCGGGUGGACCACAAUGGAGUGCUUUACGUCAGUCCCAGUGGGUCUUUGUUAUCUUGCUUGGAGCAGGUUAAAACAUACCUGCUUACUGACGGAACAUGCAAGUGUGGCUUGGAAUGUCCUCUUAUUCUUCCCAAGGUGUUUAAUUUUGACCCUGGAGCUGCUGUGAAGCAGAGAACUGCAGAAGAUGUGAAAGCUGAUGAAGAUGUCACAAAGCUAUGCAUACAUAAGAGGAAAAUCAUCGCAGUGGCCACACUUCACAAAAGCAUGGAAGCCCCACAUCCUUCUCUGGUGCUCACCAGUCCCGGAGGAGGAACAAAUGCAACUCCAGUAGUACCUUCACGGGCAGCAACUCCAAGAUCCAUAAGAAAUAAGUCUCAUGAAGGAAUUACAAAUUCUGUAAUGCCUGAAUGUAAGAAUCCUUUCAAGUUAAUGAUUGGAUCAUCAAAUGCCAUGGGAAGGCUCUAUGUGCAAGAACUGCCUGGAAGCCAGCAACAAGAACUCCACCCUGUCUACCCCCGGCAAAGAUUGGGCAGCAGUGAACAUGGACAGAAAUCUCCAUUCCGUGGCAGCCAUGGAGGCCUGCCCAGCCCAGCAUCGUCAGGAUCCCAGAUUUAUGGAGAUGGCUCAAUCUCUCCGAGGACUGACCCACUUGGAAGCCCUGAUGUUUUCACAAGGAAUAAUCCUGGUUUUCAUGGAGCUCCCAAUUCCAGUCCUAUUCACCUGAAUAGGACUCCUCUCUCUCCACCUUCAGUAAUGCUACACGGUUCUCCUGUACAGUCAUCCUGUGCAAUGGCUGGAAGGACUAAUAUACCUCUCUCCCCAACCUUGACUACAAAGAGUCCAGUAAUGAAAAAACCAAUGUGUAAUUUUUCAAAUAAUAUGGAAAUACCACGAGCAAUGUUCCACCACAAACUACCCCAAGGCCCACCUCCCCCUCCUCCACCUUCUUGUGCUCUUCAGAAAAAGCCAUUAACAUCUGAGAAAGAUCCACUUGGCAUUCUUGACCCUAUUCCUAGUAAACCGGCGAAUCAGAACCCUGUUAUCAUUAAUCCAACUAGUUUCCAUUCAAAUGUCCACUCUCAGGUACCUGUGAUGAAUGUAAGCAUGCCUCCUGCUGUUGUUCCUUUGCCAAGUAAUCUCCCUUUGCCAACCGUAAAACCUGGUCACAUGAAUCAUGGGAGUCAUGUUCAAAGAGUUCAGCAUUCAGCUUCAACCUCCCUGUCCCCUUCUCCAGUGACAUCCCCAGUGCACAUGAUGGGGGCUGGAAUCGGAAGGAUUGAGGCAUCGCCCCAAAGAUCACGCUCAUCUUCCACAUCAUCCGAUCAUGGAAAUUUCAUGAUGCCACCUCUAGGACCCCAAGCCGCUUGCAGUGGUAUUAAGGUUCCACCCAGGUCACCAAGGUCAACAAUAGGGUCCCCACGGCCAUCAAUGCCAUCCAGCCCUUCCACCAAGUCCGAUGGACAUCAUCAGUACAAGGACAUCCCUAACCCGUUAAUUGCUGGAAUGAGUAAUGUACUAACUACCCCAAGCAGUGCAGCUUUUCCUGCUGCGUCUGCCGGAAGUGGUUCUGUAAAGAGUCAGCCUGGUUUGCUGGGAAUGCCUUUAAAUCAGAUUUUGAACCAGCACAAUGCUGCCUCCUUUCCAGCAAGUAGUUUACUCUCAGCAGCAGCCAAAGCACAGCUAGCAAAUCAAAACAAACUUGCUAGCAACAACAGUAGCAGCAGUAGCAAUUCCGGAGCUGUUGCUGGCAGUGGCAACACUGAAGGACAUAGCACUUUAAACACCAUGUUCCCUCCUACUGCCAACAUGCUUCUCCCCACAGGUGAAGGGCAAAGUGGUCGAGCAGCGCUAAGAGAUAAGCUGAUGUCUCAGCAGAAAGACUCGUUGCGGAAAAGAAAACAGCCUCCUACCACAGUUUUGAGUUUGCUCAGACAGUCUCAAAUGGAUAGUUCUCCAGUUCCUAAACCGGGACCCGACUUGCUGAGGAAGCAGAGUCAGGGUUCUUUCCCCAUCAGUUCCAUGUCUCAGUUACUACAGUCUAUGAGUUGUCAAAGCUCUCACUUGAGUAGCAAUAGUACCCCGGGUUGUGGGGCCUCAAAUACUGCUUUGCCUUGCUCUGCUAACCAGCUGCAUUUUACAGAUCCCAGUAUGAACGCCAGUGUUCUCCAGAAUUCUCUGACACAGAACAUCCCUAUCCGAGGGGAAGCCGUGCACUGCCACAACGCAAACACUAACUUUGUCCACAGUAACAGUUCAGUCCCCAACCACCACCUCGCAGGUUUGAUAAAUCAGAUUCAGGCUAGCGGGAACUGUGGGAUGCUCAGUCAGUCGGGCAUGGCUUUAGGAAACUCGUUACAUCCCAAUCCACCUCAGUCAAGACUUUCAACGUCCUCCACUCCAGUGAUACCAAACAGCAUUGUUAGCAGCUAUAAUCAAACAAGUUCUGAAGCAGGCGGCUCGGGACCCUCCUCCUCCAUCGCCAUCGCCGGCGCCAGCCACCCGGCCAUCACCAAGACCACCUCUGUCCUGCAGGACGGCGUCAUCGUCACCACGGCGGCCGGCGCCCCGCUGCAGGGCCCGCUGCCCGUGGCCAGCGACUUCCCCUUCGCCGGCCAGGAGCACGCACUGCAUUUUCCACCCAACAGCACUUCCAACAGCCAUCCUCCACACCCCCUGAACCCCAGCCUCCUCAGCCCUCUGCCUCUCUCUUUGCCAGUGAACCAGCAGCAUCUCCUAAGCCAGAACCUAUUCCAUAUCCUCCAGCCUUCGGCGGGAGAAGGCAAGUCUGAGACCAACCUCCACCCCCUAGGUUUCCUCACCCCCAAUGUAAGCGCUGCUCUAGCUCUCCUCUCCGGGGACGAUGGGCAGGGCCUGCAGCCCGUCCACCUCCAGCUCCUAGCGGCCCUGCUUCAGAACCAAGCCCACGCGGCUGCCGUGCUCCCCCUGCCACCUUUCAACCUGACCAUCUCAGAUCUCCUUCCGCAGCCACACACCCCUGUGCCCUCCUUAGCACAGAUGGCAGCCCCGCCAGACCACUUGCCAAGCAAUCAGCCAGACAGCAGCCGGGCUGAGGCCCUUUUAACCAGCCCCCCGGGGAACCCUGUGCCCAGCUUUGCAGGCAGUGAUGCUCCUUCCAACCCCCUGCUCCUCCCAGCUGUCCCUGGGGCCUCGGGAUUAAUGGCCUUGAACCCCCAGCUGCUGGGAGGUGUCCUGAACUCGGCAUCGGCCCACACCGCUAACCAUCCAGAGGUUUCCAUAGCAACCUCCUCCCAGGCCACCACUACCACAACCACUGCAUCAUCAGCAGUGGCAGCACUGACUGUCUCAACACUUGGUGGGACAGCAGUGGUGUCAAUGGCAGAAACAUUGCUGAAUAUAUCUAAUAGUGCUGGGAACACACCUGGUCCAGCUAAACUCAACAGUAACUCUGUGGUGCCACAGCUACUUAACCCUCUACUGGGGACAGGUCUGCUUGGUGACAUGUCCUCAAUAAACAAUACUUUGAAUAAUCAUCAACUGACUCAUCUACAGUCGCUGUUAAACAACAAUCAGAUGUUUCCUCCAAAUCAGCAGCAGCAGCAGAUUCUCCAGGGCUACCCAAGCCUCCAGGCAUUCCCAGGACAGCCCACAGUGCCCUGCCCAGCUAACAAUAACCCUAUGGCUUGUCUGUUUCAGAACUUUCAGGUGAGAAUGCAGGAAGAUGCAGCUCUCCUAAACAAAAGAAUAAGCACUCAGCCAGGGCUCACAGCACUUCCUGAGAAUCCGAACACUACACUUCCACCUUUCCAAGAUACAGCUUGUGAGCUACAACCAAGGAUUGACCCAUCUCUUGGUCAGCAGGUGAAGGACGGCCUGGUUGUGGGGGGCCAAGGUGAUCCUUCCGUAGAUGCCAUCUAUAAGGCCGUUGUUGAUGCUGCCAGCAAAGGAAUGCAGGUUGUCAUCACCACAGCAGUCAACAGUACAACUCAGAUCAGCCCCAUUCCAGCUCUGAGUGCCAUGAGUGCCUUCACUGCUUCGAUUGGUGACCCGUUAAGUCUCCCUAGUGCUGUCAGUGCAGUCAUUCAUGGACGGAACAUGGGCAGUGUCGAUCACGAUGGUAGGCUGAGGAAUGCAAGAGGGCCUCGGCUGCCCAGAAAUCCAGACCAUGGGAAAAACGCACACGAGGGAGAUGGGUUUGAAUAUUUCAAGUCAGCAAGUUGCCACACAUCCAAAAAACAGUGGGAUGGGGAGCAGAGCCCUGGAGGGGAGCGGAACAGGUGGAAGUGCGAGGAGUUUUUAGAUCAUCCAGGCCAUAUUCACAGUAGUCCUUGUCAUGAAAGGCCCAACAAUGUCUCUACACUGCCAUUUCUGCCUGGGGAGCAGCACCCAAUACUGUUACCACCAAGAAACUGUCAGGGAGAUAAAAUUCUGGAGGAUAAUUUCAGGUAUAAUAACUACAAAAGAACUAUGAUGAGUUUCAAGGAGAGACUAGAGAACACUGUGGAGAGAUGUGCACACAUCAACGGGAACAGACCUCGGCAGGGUCGUGGCUUCGGGGAGCUGCUGAGCACCACAAAGCAAGACUUGAUCCUGGGGGAGCAGUCACCAAGCUCCUCCAAUAGCUUGGAAGGUUCUUUGGUCAAAGACUACAUCCAUUACAAUGGAGACUUCAAUGCCAAAAGCAUGAACGGGUGUGUGCCUAGCCCUUCAGACGCUAAAAGCAUUAGUAGCGAAGAGGACCUUCGGAAUCCAGACUCCCCCUCUUCAAACGAGCUGAUACAUUAUAGGCCAAGGACGUUCAAUGUUGGCGACUUGGUCUGGGGCCAAAUCAAAGGACUGACUUCCUGGCCUGGAAAAUUAGUAAGAGAAGACGACGUCCACAAUUUAUGCCAACAAAGCCCUGAGGACAGGAAGGUGGAGCCCGAGAAGCUGAAGACACUAACAGAAGGUUUAGAAGCCUACAGCCGAGCCCGGAAAAGAAACAGAAAAAGUGGAAAGUUAAAUAACCAUUUAGAAGCUGCUAUUCAUGAGGCCAUGAGUGAACUGGACAAAAUGUCUGGAACUGUUCACCAAAUCCCACAUGGAGACCGACAAAUGAGACCCCCCAAACCCAAGAGGAGGAAGAUCUCCAGAUAACAGGGACUACUCCACCACGCACAGUGUUUGUGAAAGGAACGCGCGCAGAUAGAUCUGUAUAUAGGUAUUGAUAUAGCCACUGUUAUAUCAAUAUUUAUACGAUGGCAGAGAGCUACCACCACCGCAGGGUGCUAAAAGAAACAGCGAUACAGUAUUUUUUUGAUCAGGAAGGAAAAUGAAUGCUGGAAAAACCAAUCAAAAUCCCUGAGUGAUGAGCGUGAUAAAUGGUCAAGAGAUGACUGAGAAACUUUUUUUUUUUUCUAGAACACUAAAAUUGUGAUUAUAAGAAGUAGUCCAAAUGUUUCUGAAGAAUUUUCAAUGUUGUAUAUAGAAGAUACAGAAUUUCAUGGUGAUAUCAGAAAUGUAAAUAUUGUACAAUAUUGUCAUGUACAAGCGUACUUAAUGCACACUUUAUCUUUUAUUGUACAAAGAAAUAGUGUACAAAAUUCUUUGGUUUCUAUGGAGUACACCUACCAGAGACUACCAUUGUAAAGUGAUAAAUAAAAAUACAACCUAAAUGCUUUUCUAUGAUAAUGUAAAA